CCGGGCCGCGGCCGCUGCUGCUCUCAGCGGGAUUUAAUCCCCCCUCGUUUAUCUGGGCCGGUUUUACCCCUUUCUUCCCGCGGCUCGGGGAGCUCCCUGCGGUCGGGCGGGCCGGGAGGAGGAGCCGGGGCGGGGCGGGGCCCGCCUUGGGGCGGUGCCGUUGAGGCGCCGGUUGGGCGGUGCCCGCUGAGGGACGCGGCCGGUGUGGGAUGCAAACCCUCGGUGAGGGCAGAGCGGGGCGAUGCCGCCUCCUGAGGUUUAGAUCUGCACGGGGAAAGGCUCCGGGGUGAGCCAGGUGCGGGUUUCGGUGUCUAAGGGGGCUCCCCUGAGGGGACAGGACACGGGAGAUGGGAUAUCGGGAAAAAUCCCUCUCUGUGAGGUCCUGGCAUAGAUUGUUCCCAGAAGCUGAUGCCUUGUGAAGGCUGAGCUAAAACACAGGCUAGGCAAAAUUAAAGAAUAAAGUAGGGAUUUAUUAAAAGGCCUCAGUGGAUCCACCUUGGGCAGCACAAGAGCCCAGGCAGGGCUGCACCCAAAUGAAGGAUUUUGUGUUGGAGCUGACUCCUGAUUCCUCCUCGGGAAGGGCUGACCAAGGGCCGGCGGCAGCAGCAGCAGAGCCCGUGGAGCUGGAAGCAGAGCUGCAGGAAGGCAUGGCAGAGAGCUGCCCUCCGUGGCCCGGGCUGUGCCAGGGCCCCAGGCAGGAGCCAGCCCCCAGGGCCAAGAGGCUCUCGGACUCCGCGGCGCAGCCGCAGGCCCUGCAGUCAGCCAAGAAGGCCUGCGUGCUCAGCCCUGACUGCAGCACCCCCAGCCCAGCAGGGAACCCCCUGCUGCCUUCCCCAGGCUCUGGCUGCUCCCUUCUCCUGGACGAGAGCGGGCAGGAGGAGCUGGGGGCAGGUUUUGCUGUGCCCAGGUACGACGACGUGGCCAUUUCCCUGGACAUCAGCCGCUGCUUCGACGACAGCGAGCUGGAUGAUUCCCUGCUGGAGCUGUCAGGCAGCGAGAAAGGGAAUUCUCCCUUUGACUACACCGAGGAGGAGAUCCAGGAAAUCCUGGCGGAUGAUUCCAUGGAGGCUGAGCAGCAGCAGCUGGCUGCUGAAAGCCACCUGAGCCAAAGUGAGAGUGGGAAGAGCGAGCAGGCGCAGAGCGGCGGCUGUGAGGCCUCGGAGCUCACACAGGAAGCAAAGGAGCCCCAGGAGCAUCCCUCAGGCAGCUCGGGGUGUGAUCCUGGAUUUCUGGGUGGCGCUGCUGCUCUGGAUGGAGCUCAGAGGCUGCAGCAGGAGCUGGACCUUGACCUGCAGGAGCUGCUGAGCCUGAGCCCCUUCGCCGCCGCCGGCGCCGAUGAGGCUCUGGAGGAACACAGCCUGGAAAGAGAAACUUUGGAUGCCAUGAUAGAUGAUUGCUUGGGAUAUUCCACAGCUGCUGGGAGCUGCGUUCCUGAAAUAUCUUCAGAAAGGGUGAUGCCUAAAGGCCAGGAGGGCCUGGCUCAGGGUUGCCUGGGAAAAUCCCUGCUCUCAUCCGGCCUUCCCUGUGGCCAGAGCAGAGGGGAUGAGAGUCCAGCAUUUGUGUUGCCACUCAAAAAAGAACUUCCCAAAGCAACAGUGAGCUGUUUGUCACGGAAAUCAGGCUCUCCAGAGGAUGCUGAAGGGGAAUUCAGAGGAGCUGAGCAGCCUCCAGGCAGCACUAAAUUAAGGGACACAGCUGUAGGCCAGAGUGGGCAGGAAGAGCCACCCACUUGGAAGAAAAGUGGCAAAGUAAUUCCUGUCCCACAGGAGGAGGAAGAAAGGCCAAAACAACGGACCUGCAUUUCAGAAGCACAGCCUGAGCAAAAGAGACGUUUCUCUCCAGGCUGUGCCAAUCCAAGUGAGGAAAGGUGUGGCUAUUACCUCAGGACUCCAUCAGGAGCUCUCCUUGAGGCUUGUGUGCUUGCUAGAGGGUUUUGAUGCUUUUAGAAAUUUCAUCAGACUUUCUCACAACCUGGCAGAAACCUGAUAAAUGAUUUCCUUGGAUCUCCCUGGAAUCAAAGGGAGUGAAGGAGGAAAUACCUUAUAAAGAGGCACAAACCAUCUGGUUUUACUGUAAUAACAAAGAUCAAUAUCUUAAAAAAACCAGACAGUGUGUUUAAGGUGAUGGAAAGGGAGAGCAGUGUCAGGGAACAGAUGGAGAAACAAAUCUGUGAAAUACAAAUGAACUCUUUGCUAGCAGACUCUGCCUUGAAAGACUCUGGUCUCUUGAUUGAUGCUGAGCUGGCUGAGGAGAAGGAAAACCUUAAUCUUGAAGCAGUUUUUACCUGCCCAAAUUAAUUUUGCUUGGAUGGAGAGUGGGCAGGGAAGGUGCAGGGCUGGGGCUGUGCUGGCAUAAAAGAAAAAUUCCAUUUAGUGGCUGAGCUCAGGGGGGAGAUUUCACUUCAAAGCAAAUGAAAUCCACCUCCAAACCCUAAAUUUCAAGAGAUGUGGGAUGAAGUAAGAAUUGAUAAAGUGGAUUUCUAAGUUCAUGGUGAGGGGAGUAAGAACUUCCCUGUGUUCAGAGUGGGAAACUUCUGGUCCAGGGCCUUUUCUAGUAGCCAAUCUGAAAUAAUCAGAGCUCCUGGUUCCUAAAUGAGUGGAACUUGCCUGAAAACCUCACCCCAAAUCUGUAGUUUGGUCUUGACUGCUGUGGAAGGAAUGAGGACGUGCCCAAGGAGAAAGAACUCCAGAGGUUUUAAGCACUGUGCUGAGUUUCUCCAGCCCCCUUUCCUCAGGCCAAAAGGCCUCUGAGCCCUGGGGUGGAUGGUGAGGCACUGGGAGAAGUUCCUCCACAUAUUUGGUGGGAUUAAUCUGCCCCUGGGACUUCCCCUCUUGGAGAGGAGCUCCAGUCUUUUCCUGGAGUGAGUCAGGGUGAGAGUUUGUCCAAGUCCUUUCUCUCCUCAGGGGUGAAAAGUGCACCCCUGGCAGCAGGAAAUGUUCCCUCUGUUUUUACGACCCCUUUCACCUCUGAUUCAGAAGGCCAAGGGAGGGAAAUGAGAUGUAGGAAGGCUCAAAAUCUGUCAAAUAAAGUUGUGAUUUCUUCCACACUUGCUGCAGACAAUGGGAACUGCUGUGUACAGUGAGAGUUUGCCUUGGAGAACCUCCCUUCCUCCCACACAGCCCAUGGAUUUCUCAAGAAAAACUUCCAAAAAUCCCUUCUAGAAGUCUCAGUUUUUGGCAAGAAGCUGUUCCUUUGGGUGAGCAGGAGCUGAUCCUGCAGUUCCUGAAGGAGGCUGGGAGUGCUGGGAGAGGAGCUGUGAUUCACAUCCAUCCCAUGACUGCAGGAUGGAAAAUCCUUGGAGUUUGGACUCUGCUGUGCUGAGAGCCCCUGGGAAGGGCAGAAUUCCAGGGAACUGGCCUUUCCCUGAGCUCUGGGUGCAAUCCACACCAAGCUGCUUUGAUUGGAGCCCUUCUGCUCACUGCCUGCUCCUGCUGAGCAGUGACAAUCAAACUGUGCAGUGCCAGGGGUGCCAACCCAGUGCCAGGCACUGCUCCUGCCCCAGAGCAGGUACUGGACAGUGCUUGUGCACAAGAGACCUCCAUGGCUGGAUUUUGCAGUUCACAAAUGUGAUUUCCUGAGUUAGGCUCAUCCCUGUGCACAAACAAGAUCAAAAAGAGGCAGCAAAGUUGGGGUUUUUUUUAAAUACAGAAGGGACAAAGCUUUGUAGCACUCUGAGGCCUGCAGAUAACCACGUUCCUUGAAGUAGUUUGGGUUUUAAUCUUGUUUUUCUGAGGCUGCCUGGAGUUGGUGGGGUUUUGUCUUGCUAUUUCAGGACGUGCAAAUGAGAGGAUUUAAGGUGGGUGCAGCACUUUGUGAGGAAAAUUUCCUUUUUGUUUGAAGUUGAACCUUCAGCCUUUGUGGUGGGCCAGGGAGAAGGAGCUUUGCAAAGAAGGGGACCAAGCAGCAGGAAGGAUUCCUGAAAGGAACUUUGAUCUUCCCACUUCUCAAGGUGCCUUCUGAGGAUGUGGUUUCACUUUGAAAAGCUCCUACCAAGAGAAUCAGGUACCAGCUGUGAGCACCAAGGAAAUGGAGAUUUGUUUUCAGAGCUGCUGCUGCUCCAGCCUCACCCAAAUGCUCCUCUGGUGUUUAUUUUAAUUUUUUGACUGACUUUUUUUGCAGAAAUUCCCCAUAUUCCAACCCAUACCCAGUGGGUGAGCAAGAACUUGGCCAAACCACAAUUUCCAGAGAAUUCCUGAACACUUCCAGUGCACUCCCAUUGGAUUUUGCUGCUGGUUCUUGUUCUGCAUUUAGAGGUGUUAAUUGGUCUGGUUUUCAGUGGUUUGAAGUUCCAUUUGUAACUUCUUCUGCAAAAGCAUUUCAUGAGGUUUGCACUUGAGUUUAUAAAUAUUUUGCAGCUUUUAGAUGUUUUUUUUUUUUCUUUCCUGUGCUACUGAGCAACUCCAAAUAAGUUGGAGGUGGAUAGGUUGAUCUCCCAAUGUUCUUCCCAGGGGUGCCAGCAGGGCCUUGUGACUCCUUUAGGUAUUUAUAAGUGGAAUUUUGGAGAGCAAAUGAAGUUUAUUCAGGCAGCAAAUCAUCUCAUAUUUUUAUCAUCGCAAUCUGAUUAUUUUUGGAGAUCUUUUGGCCCAUGUGAUCUUAAAGAAAUCAAAAUUUCAGCUCAGUACUGAAGUUUUUUAACGUUGUGGUUCAUAGAUUUUGUUCUGUGGCACCCAGAGUGGGACAGAACUUUGGGAAACAGGCAAAGUUCCUCCCUGCCCUGAAUGUGCAGUGCCUGAGACAGGGAGAAUGGAAAUCAUUUGAGGUGAAGCUUGGAGCAGAACCUGGCUGCACACAAUGCCAGAAAUGACAGAAUGCAGGCAGGAGGAGCAGCACUUUGGGGCUGGGGCACGGCCUCUGUCAGGGCUCUGUGGUGUGUCGGGUCCUUGGUGCCACCAGGGCCUCUCAUUACCCCUGUAAAUGUUAUUUACAGAGAGCUUUGCAUUGAGGGAGAGGAGAAAUCCCUUGGAAGCACAUGGGACUUGUCAGCAUGUGGUGGUUCAUGGUUUCAAACCAGUGAACCCCACAAAUUCAGUUUUUUGGGAAAGGAAUCCUUUCCCUGUGGUCUGGGGACAGUUUCAGCUGAUGUCCAUGGAAUCCCAGCGUGGUUUGGGUUCAGAGGAGCACAAAGAUCACUCAGAUGCUCUCAGUCAGGGCAGGGACACCUCCCGCUGUCCCAGCUGCUCCAGUCCCUGGCCUUGGACACCUCCAGGGAUGGGAAUGCUCAGCCAGCAGCUCCUGCCGUGCCAGGGAGGUGCUGGUGGUGGCUCCAGCAGUCUCCAUCCCCUGGGGUUUGUGUUCUCUGGGAGUGCAGAGCUCUGCCACCACGCAGCUCUGCCCUUUGGGAAGGAUUUCGGGCUGGGAUUUCCUUCUUUGACACUGCAAGUGAUCCACAUCUGAGUGGUGGAGAGAGGAGGGAUUGUGGAUUGAGCCUCCAUGCAAGGGCAGGGUGGUUUUGCUGUUUGAGAGUAGCCAAGGGCCCUGCUGAUGAUUUUUGCUGUAGUAGAACCCAGUGAUAUCAAUAAAAACUGGAAUAAAACUGGCUUUGUGCGAGCCCUGCGUGAGCUCUGACGAAAUGCCUCACAAUUAAAAAUUUAACAGUGUUCAUCAAUGCAUUGCAGCCAGCUGGAAAACAAUGAGACUGAAAUGAAACCACUGUGUGGGGGCUUUUUUUUGUGCCUUCCUCUCUAAAACUAACCAGCCCUUGCCUGUAAGGAGGAAGAAAUUACAUCCUCAAACGGGAAAUAGUGAAAGCUGAUAAAAUUCUGCCUUUGGUUUGGGAGGAUAUUUAGGCACAGAACAGGUCUGGAUGGUAUAAAUAGGUUUUAAUUAGUUGGUGGCAUUAAAGGUGAGGGUUUUGUGAGUUCAAAAGGACAAAGAUGCUGCAAAGUGUCAAAUGGCAUCGUGGGGCUCUGCCAUUAUUGCCACUCGAUGGCUCUGCCAUUAUUGCCACUCGAUGGCUCUGCAUCCAGCAUGUCCAGAUUCCAAGAAAAAAAGAGGAUUUUUCUGGCUGCCAGCUUUGCUGCCUCCAUCUGGGAAUCUGAAAUUCAAGCUGUGCCUUCCCCGCUGUGUCACUAAUAAUGAAGAUUCUUCAUUUGGAGCUUACUUAACCGAAAUUGGGGCUGAAGGAGAAACCAGCUCCCUUUUCCUCCAGCCGUGUGGGCUGCAGCCCCACCGAGGAGGAGCAGCAUCGUUGGAAUGCCUGAGGUCGCCAGACAAUUCAAGAGACACCAGAUUUGUGGAGCAAACAGAAGAUGUUUCAGCAUAACAAGCGCCUUGAUGGGGCAGCUUUUUAACAAACUGGAAAAGCUGAUUGAAUUUGGUCAGCUCUGCUUCCAGACGAGGCUAUAAUAGCUCAUUACACGAUUUUUUAAAUUUUUUUUUUCUUUUUUUUUGCUGCAAAUCUGGGGGAAAUUCCAUUUGGUGGAACAUAUGGUGUCAUCCUCAGCUCUCUCCUCGGGAAGCUCAGGCCUCGCCGAGGUGCUGUGUUUUGCUGGGGAAGAUGGCUGUGGCAGCUGUGACAUUGGCUUUGCAGUGAUGUCACCUCUCCCAUUUUGGCAAACGCUGCCACCAGCAUCCCUCUCCUCUCCCUUGGCAUCUCCAUCAGCAGCUGAGAUUGUGCUAACACUUCCCUCGUGUAGGUGUUUCCUCCUGGGUUUCUAGUGAAGUGGCAGGGACUCAAAGUGCCUCGUGUUGUCUUUUUGGUUUUUUUCCUGUGCCUGUGCCUGGUGGCCCGGGGGAGGGGGUGACAAGUGGCUGGGGCUGUGUUGUGAGUUGGAAGGACACGCUGUGCAGGAUUGUUUGCUCCACACUUCCUCCCGCGGCUCCUCUUUGCUAAACUCGUGGGGGAGGAAUCUAUUGGUUAAAUUGUACUUGUAGGCAUAAUAUUGCAGGGCUGGGAAGGAGGGAGGAGAGCAAUGCUGAACCAAGCACGGCCUGGCUGUGCUGCCAGAGGUUUUGUUUGCAGCCCCUGCUCCUACUGUGCCCCAAAUCUCUGCUCACUUGGGAAUCGAUGGGAUUCAUCCCGAGGCAGCAGAGAGGGCUUUGCUCUCAGACAUGGGCAGGGAAUCAGCCUCUCCGGGAUCCCUGGCACAGCAGCCCACUCCCACUUGCUGCUUUUUAGUAUUUCUUGAAAGCUCCUUUUUGCAGCUCCCGCUUCCAACAAUGAGUCAAAAUCAGCACUCGGGGCGAAAAACACGUGGGGGAGGUGGGUGGUCUGGGGGGUGUGCGGUGCUGUGGCCCAGCAUGACUUCCCUCGGGGUGUCUCGGGUUUAUUUUUGCUUCUUCUCCUGCCUUUAUUGACUGUAAAACACCUCAGGAGGAUCUUUUGGCAGGCGCUGAUGGGAGUGAGGUCUCUGUUCUAAAGAUGGGUUUAGGGUUGAGCUCACACAGGGGCUGCCUCUCCUGGGUCACAGUGGAAUUCAGUACCCAGACAGCAGUUAAAGCUCUGAUGUUUAUGACCCUCUGAACAGCAGCGUUUUAAGUAACUUUAUUCUCCUCUAACCUUUUCCUAAAGUGUGGAUUUACUCUUCAGUUCAGAGUGGCUGAAAAAUUUCCUUCAAGGGAAUCACUUUGAGUGUUUGGAGUCCCUGUCUGAGCUGAAUUCUGCCAGCCCCCAUUGUUUCUCCUCACAAAUAACAUUUCCUUACUGUCCAAGGCUGCAGUUAUGGGUUAUCAAAUGCAGGUUAUCAAAAUAACCCUGGCACCUCCUGCCACAUGUGAAUAUUGAACUCUGCCCCACACUGACACUUUAGAUUUAAUUCUGCUCUACCAAAUGAGUGAUCACAUCUCUGGUAGGAAAGAAAUAGCUUAAACCUGUCCCUAGGGAACAACAACUGUGGAAAAAAAAGGGUUAUGGUCUGAACUCCCAGGGGCAAGUGGCUUUAAAAGCAGCCACACAACCCCCAAAGCUGCCAAAUUAGCAGGCUGGAUUUCCUCUGGAGCAGCUCUCUCAGGGCUGGCUGCCCCAGGAUUAGGAGAGAGCAUCUCCCUUAUCAUUUUGCACAUGUUGUACCAUCUGUCCUAAAUCUCCCUUUGUAGGGCUGUGCAUUCCAAAUGCUAUUUCUUCCUUGGGAGAUAACAGACGUGGCUGGAGGAUUUUGUUAGGUAGGGCUGGGGUGCUAUUUAUGCUGCAAGUUUUUUUUAGUCCUGCAGCCAGAACCAACUCUGAACCUCCCUGGGUUUCUCCACCCAGAAACUGAGAAAAUAUUUUAUUUUGUAGAUCUGUUUAGGUUUUAGGUCUGGGAAAU